AUGCUCGAUUAUAAUAUCCCCGCCCACUAUUAUGUCAUUGGCGUCUUUGGUACCUUGGCUGCCUAUGUAUUUAUUCCAUACCUAACAGAUCCACAUGGCUUGCGUCGAAACACAAUUGCUGGGCCUAAAUUGGCAGCGCUAUCUAAUGUGUGGCUCGCCUACGUUGCAUCCAGGGGGACAGAAGCCAGGUCGUUCAUGAAUUACACCAAAGAUAUGUCCCCAUUCUCAACAGGGAAGGUGGUUCGAAUUGCCCCAAACCAUAUCAGUAUAGCUGAUCCAAAGGCACUAGAGGUUGUAUAUGCUCACGGCAAUGGCACGCUUAAAACCGAGUUUUACGAUGCAUUUGUCAGCAUUCGCCCGGGCCUAUUUAAUACUCGGGACCGGGCGGCACAUACUCGAAAGCGCAAGCUUGUAUCCCAUAUCUUCAGUCAGCAGAACGUACUUCUGUUUGAGCCCCAUGUGCGGCGCCAUGUCCGAGCAUUUUGUGCACAGUGGGAUAUGCGGUGUGCUCGUGCAACUGCAGGCGAGCUGCCUGAUGCUCAUAACGGAAAGUCGUGGUUCGACGUUCUUCCACAUUUCAACUUUUUGGCAUUCGAUAUCAUCGGAGAUCUUGCGUUUGGGGCUCCUUUCGGUAUGAUUGCUGCUCAGAAAGACAUUGCGCCUAUGAUGGAACAUGCUGGCGAAAAGGCCGAAGUCAAAUAUGUGCCGGCAGUCCAAGUCUUGAACGACCGAGGAGAUUAUUCUGCGAGCAUGGGUGUACUUCCCAUGUGGAUCCGUCCUAUUAUGAAGUAUGUCCCUUGGUUCUCUCGAGGUAACACAGCCGUACAAUGCCUUGCGGGAAUGGCUAUUGCCGCUGUUGAGAGGCGCUUGAAAUUCGGCUUGCCCGACGAGCCCCUGGAAGAAGAGGAAGAAAUCGAUGAGAAACUAUCCAAAGGCAAGAAACGGACCGAUUUAUUAGAGAAGCUAAUGCAGGGAAAGGAUGAGAAUGGUGCACCAAUGGGUAGGGAGGAGCUCACUGCUGAAGCGCUCACCCAACUCAUCGCCGGGAGCGACACGACAAGCAACUCAUCCUGUGCUAUCGCAUAUUAUCUAGCUGCCAAUCCCGAAUGCCAACGCAAACUUCAGGCCGAGCUUGAUAAAAAUCUCAAACCAGUAAUUUCGAGCCCUCCGUCAACCAGUCAAUCCGGAAUACCGCCUCUUCCUCCGUCGGAUGUUGCUGCUAGGUUUGCCGAUGUCAAGUCUCUCUCCUAUCUACAAGCAUGCGUAAACGAAGGGCUUCGCCUUCAUAGUACAUCUGGUAUUGGGCUGCCUCGGGUUAUUCCGCAGGGAUCAACUCUCGAAGUAUGCGGCGAAACUUUCAACGAGGGAACAAUACUGAGCGUCCCAUCGUAUACUAUUCAUCAUAGCCAGGAGAUCUGGGGAGAUGAUGCGAAUGAUUACAGGCCAGAAAGGUGGUUUGAACGCGAAGUAGGAAAAGAAUUCAACCCAUUCUCUUUCGGGCCAAGGGCUUGUGUUGGGCGGAACUUAGCGAGUAUGGAACUCUUGAUUAUUAUUGCCUCGGUCUUUCACAGAUACGAGUUUGAGUUAUCACAACCGAAUCAAAAGCUCUACACUAGAGAAGGCUUCCUAAGGAAACCACUGGAAUGUGUACUGGGGGUCAAGCGACGGGAUAUUAACCUUCCAUGA